UGCACUACUGUCCUCAUCGGCCAGGGGUGGUGCUGAAACCAACGCGAUUGGUGGGUUAUGCGCAACUGGAAGACGUUCCAGCUUGUGCCAACUGUCCGAUUGACAUGCAUGCUGGUAGACGCGACGGCCAUUUUCUACGUAAACUUACACGCCCUAAAAUGCAGGAAAUCGACAUUUUCGUGUAAAAGGGCUUCCUUAUGUGUGCGUGUAAUGUACAAUGAUGACUAGCUUUCAACAGCAAAAGUAUACUCAGUUGCAACAGCCAACCGUACCUGCAACCAUGAUGCCAUCAGGAUCACCGAGCCUGCCAAUGAUGCCGCCUCCACACAUGGCGCCCCCGCCGCACAUGCCGCCCUUUCCCGCGCACCUCAUGAUGGCACAACCGGCGGGAAUGGGGCUCAUGCAGCCCCCAUUGCCACCCAUGCCGCCCCAGAUGCCUCUAGCGGCUUGUUCAAUACUGCCCCAUCAAGCGUCGGUGGCUUCACCCGUUCCACCACCUCCUGUAGAGCUCGAGCUCGAGGCCGAGCCCCAAUACGACGAUCCGCCAGCCCCUGGCACCGAGGAGCCGCCCGCCAAGUCGCCUAAACUAGAUGGUGACGGCGUCGAAUAUAUUUCUGAUCUGAACCAGACUGAGGAGGUUGUUACAGGUCCUGGCGCUAUUAGCAAUUCAGUGGCCGGCAUUUUAGGCGGUGUUCUGCCCAAACUGUCCUCAGAUCAAGCUGAUGCGGUGGCCAAAGCGAAAAAAUACGCCAUGGAGCAAAGCAUACGAAUGGUUUUGAUGAAACAAACCAUCGCCUAUCAGCAACAGAAAAACAAAACUUUUCAGCGCCAUCAGGUUCUCGUUCUAAUGUGCAGAGUCUACGUGGGAUCAAUCAGCUUCGAGCUCAAGGAGGACACCAUUCGGCAAUCGUUCCUGCCCUUCGGUCCGAUAAAGUCUAUUAAUAUGUCCUGGGAUCCGGUUACUCAAAAGCAUAAAGGUUUUGCUUUUGUUGAAUACGAAAUCCCAGAGGCUGCACAAUUGGCACUCGAACAGAUGAAUGGGGUGAUGAUCGGAGGGCGGAACAUCAAGGUAAAUGUCGUGGGCCGGCCAAGUAACAUGCCUCAGGCCCAAGCAGUAAUUGAUGAAAUUCAAGAAGAAGCGAAACAGUACAAUCGCAUCUACGUUGCUUCUAUUCAUCAGGACCUGAACGAGGAGGACAUCAAAAGCGUCUUUGAAGCUUUCGGGCCAAUUGUAUACUGUAAGUUGGCGCAAGGCCCUACCGGAAACAAGCACAAAGGCUACGGUUUCAUUGAGUACGAAACGGCCCAGGCUGCGAAUGAAGCGAUCGCCAGCAUGAAUCUGUUUGAUUUAGGCGGCCAAUAUUUGAGGGUGGGACGCGCGAUAACGCCCCCCAAUGCUCUUCUCGGACCUUCCACUGGGUCUAACGUGCUUCCCACUGCUGCUGCGGUGGCUGCGGCUGCAGCUACCGCUAAAAUACAAGCCAUGGACGCGGUGGCCAGCAAUGUGGCAGCCUUAGGUGAGUUGGAGAAUUGUCUGUCGAAGCUCACUCAGCCAGCUGCUUCCAUCCCGAUUGUUGCGCCUGCUCAGGCAUCCAGUUUAGCGGCGCCGCCUGUAAUCGCCCCGCCUGGACUCGCACUACCCGCUGCCGUUGUCCCGCCGCCCGGCGUCGCUAUUCCGCAAAAGUUACCCAAUAAUAUUAUACAGCCCGCCUUAGUUCAACCGGUGUUAAGCGGCCCAGUUCCAACGAAUCUGAGCCAAGCCCAGAUCUCCAAUAGAUCUACAGUUGCGCACCAACAAGAGGCGAUGCGAAGAGCCGCGGAAGCACAGCUGAAGCAGCAAGAGGAGCUGCAGAAGAAGCUCCUGGACCAGAACGAGCCACAGACACUACAGCAGCAGGAGAACAUGUCUAUAAAGGGCCAGAACGCCAGGCACUUUGUGAUGCAGAAAUUGAUGCGCAAGGUCGACUCUCGCGUGGUUAUUCUGAGGAAUAUGGUUGGCCCGGAAGAUGUAGACGAAAGCUUACAGGACGAAAUACAGGAAGAGUGCAGUAAAUAUGGGCAGGUAGAGCGAGUGAUUAUCUACAACGAAAGGCAAAGCGAGGAUGAUGAAAACGACGUUAUUGUGAAGAUUUUCGUCGAGUUCUACGAAACAUGGGAGGCUGAGAAAGCCAGGGACUCGCUUACGGGACGAUACUUUGGCGGGCGGAUGGUUCAAGCGUCAUUAUACGACCAGACUUUGUUCGAGCAUAGUGAUUUUUCGGGGUGAAAACCGUGCGUGCACUAACAGGAACCCACUUUGUGGCUUUUUAACGGACUCAAUGGAAAUUAGGAAUAAGAUUACUGUACAGAAAAAGGUGUUAUCACGAAAAGGUAUACGAGAUUUGUACAUAUAUGGUGAACAGUUCAAGCUUCUUCACACAAAUAAUUUAUUAAGUAAAUAAAAUAUAUUGGAGUA